GGAGGCGGCAUAUGUAAACCGUUCACAUAUAUCACCUGGGAUCGCCGCACUCUUUUCCUUCGUGUGGGAGAACCCAGUCUCAGACCUCGUCCACCAUCACUGUGAUAUGAUUCGGACGUGUCACAAUCAGAUACAGUCAGCUCACCUUGAUCAGCCGUCCUGCUGCACGAUCCGUCGCAUACCUGCAAGACUGCGCCUUAUGUACACCGUCUCGUCACGACACAUACAAAUGAACAACCGCCGCCCGAACGACUGAACCUUGGAUUUUCAAAAACCGUCCUCGAUAUAUUAUUUCAGCAGCAACAACAUCCACUGCAAGGAAGCAAAACCGCAUUUUUCACAACAACAAACUCCAAUACGAAAAUGUCUUCGUGUUCUUCGACCGCCGUCAGUGAGGGGACGCCUUCCACAUCCCCCACAAGUCAAGGGCAAGCCGUCAUCGGCUUUUUGCCGAGGUUUACAUCCACCCCUACGUCAGCGCCCAUGUCACGAUCGACUUCACAAUCCUCCCAGGCUGGUUUCCCUGGCUUCACCCAACAUGCCGGCUUUUCCAGCUGGCCAUAUGGUUCGGCGCAUCGUAGGACGUCAUCUAGCACCCCGAAUUCUUAUGUCAGUGACGAAGAUCUCUUCGGCGACGAUGACCUUGGCGCAUACCUGAGCGAGGCCCCCGCUCCACCGCGCACUGCAGAGGAGUGGGCGAACAUGUGCGCGAACCCACCCCCUGCGCCUCCGGUACAGCAACAGCAACAAGUCAAGUCGCGAACUUCCAGCAUCGCCGUGUCCAACCGACGACGGACAAGCUCUGCCUACAAGCGCAUCUCAUGAAGGGAUUUGCCAGCAGGACAGCGGGUCAUACUGCUGUCCAUCAUUCCAAUCUCGACCGAUAGUGUCACAAAAAGCCGACAGUUCACGCGCAUGACAGCGUGCCGUCGCAGCGCCCCCCGCGUCCUCCGUCCGACACAGUUCAACAAGGACG